UUGGGGCGGUAGCCGCCCCGCCUCGCCGGGCGCUGCGGGCGGGUCUCAGCAGCGCCCACUGCGCCAGCCGGGCCGCAGGUGCCGCCCCCGACACAAGGGGUCCCGCCCUAGCCGAUCCGCGUCUGCCGUCGGUCGGUGCGAGCGUGCGCCUCGUCGGUCCGCGUGUGCGUGGCCGAGCGCCCCCUUUUCUCUGCGGCCAUGACUCCGGCGCCACCGCAGCCCCCGCCCCCGGGCCAGGACCCUGCCGCAGACUCUUCCGCCGAGACCUGCCCAGGGUCUGGACCCCUGGUCGUCCUGUUCGGGGCCACGGCCGGUGCACUGGGGCCGGAUCUGGGCUCCGAUGAGACCGACUUAAUCCUGCUAGUGUGGCAAGUGGUGGAGCCGCGGAGCCGCCAGGUAGGGUGGGGAGAGGGUGGUGGCGUCCCCAGGGAGCUUCGUGAUCCGAAGGCGCAGUGGUUGACCGGUUUCCCCCGCCUCUCGCAGGUGGGGACGCUGCACAAGUCACUGGUUCGCGCCGAGGCGGCCGCACUGAGUCCGCAGUGCCGCGAGGCGAGUGGCCUGAGCGCCGACAGCCUGGCGCGGGCCGAGCCGCUGGACAAGGUGCUGCAGCAGUUCUCACAGCUGGUGAUCGGGGAUGUGGCUCUGCUGGGCGGGGGUCCCUACAUGCUCUGCACUGAUGGACAGCAGCUACUGCGACAGGUCCUGCAUCCUGAGGCCUCUAGGAAGAACCUGGUACUCCCCGACACCUUCUUCUCCUUCUACGACCUCCGCAGAGAGUUCCAUGUGCAGCACCCAAGUGCCCGCCUCGCCAGGGACCUCACCGUGGCCACCAUGGCACAGGAGUUGGGGCUGGAAACAGAUGCCACAGAGGAUGACUUUGGGGUCUGGGAAGUGAAGACAAUGGUAGCUGUCAUCCUCCACCUACUUGACGGGCCCAGUGGUCAAUUGUUUUCGAAGCCCGAGGUGAUAAAGCAGAAAUAUGAGACUGGACCUUGCAGCAAGGCUGAGGUGGUGGACAGUGAGACCGUGGUUCGGGCCCGUGGGCUGCCCUGGCAGUCAUCAGACCAGGACGUGGCUCGCUUCUUCAAAGGACUCAACAUUGCCAGGGGUGGUGUAGCCCUCUGCCUCAAUGCCCAGGGGCGAAGAAAUGGCGAGGCCCUCAUCCGCUUUGUGGACAGCGAGCAGCGGGACCUGGCAUUGCAGAGACACAAGCACCACAUGGGUGUCCGCUACAUUGAGGUAUAUAAAGCAACAGGAGAGGAGUUUGUAAAGAUCGCAGGGGGCACGUCACUAGAGGUGGCUCGGUUCCUGUCGCGGGAAGACCAAGUGAUCCUGCGGCUGCGGGGACUGCCCUUCUCGGCUGGGCCAGCAGACGUGCUCGACUUCCUGGGGCCAGAGUGCCCAGUGACUGGGGGUGCCGAUGGGCUGCUCUUUGUGCGCCACCCUGACGGCCGGCCCACUGGUGAUGCCUUUGCACUCUUUGCCUGUGAGGAGCUGGCACAAGCUGCACUGCGCAGGCACAAGGGCAUGCUGGGUAAGCGAUACAUUGAACUCUUCCGGAGCACUGCAGCCGAGGUGCAACAGGUCCUGAACCGCUAUGCUUCCAGUCCACUCCUUCCCACACUGACUGCUCCACUGCUGCCCAUCCCCUUCCCGAUGGUAGCCGGGACUGGGAGAGACUGUGUACGCCUCCGAGGCCUGCCCUACACAGCCACCAUCGAAGACAUCCUAAGCUUUCUGGGCGAGGCGGCAGCUGACAUCCGGCCCCAUGGUGUGCACAUGGUGCUCAACCAGCAGGGCCGGCCAUCCGGCGAUGCCUUCAUCCAGAUGACGUCAGCAGAGCGGGCCUUAGCUGCUUCUCAGCGUUGCCAUAAAAAAGUGAUGAAGGAACGCUACGUGGAGGUAGUUCCCUGCUCCACAGAGGAGAUGAGCCGUGUGCUGAUGGGGGGCACUUUGGGUCGCAGUGGCAUGUCUCCUCCACCCUGCAAACUACCCUGCCUCUCGCCACCAGCCUACGCCACCUUCCAAGCCACCCCAACACUCAUUCCCACUGAGACGGCAGCUCUCUAUCCCUCUUCAGCACUGCUCCCAGCUGCCAGGGUGCCUGCUGCCUCCACCCCCAUUGCCUACUACCCGGGGCCAGCAACUCAACUCUACAUGAACUACACAGCUUACUACCCCAGCCCCCCAGUCUCUCCCACCACUGUGGGCUACCUCACCACGCCCCCUGCGGCCCUGGCUUCUGCUCCUACCUCAGUGUUGUCCCAACCAGGAGCCCUGGUCCGUAUGCAGGGUGUCCCAUACACAGCUGGUAUGAAGGAUCUGCUCAGUGUCUUUCAGGCCUACCAGCUAGCCCCUGAUGACUACACCAGCCUGAUGCCUGUUGGUGACCCACCUCGCACUGUGCUACAGGCCCCCAAAGAGUGGGUGUGUUUGUAGGUGAGGGCGUCAGGAGGUAAGAGCUGGCUGAUGUCCUCAGCUAACACGUCUCCUGCAUCCAGAGAACCAGUGCCCUCAUCCUGGUGACUUCUUUCUGAAGGCACUCAGAGGAGCUCAAGCCCCAGCUCCAUCCCCCCACCUUACUGCUCUGCUGUUCACCCCAAAGAUGAUGGCUGAAUCUUGCAUGUAGGGCUAGGGGUGGAAUGGUGCUACCCUGCUCCCAAUGGCCUGGCCUGGGCCUCUUGAGUAACACCUGGAGAGCCUUUGGUCUGUUCUGGCUAUGGCCCAUGCCCACAGAUACUGUGGGGCUGACAUCCACAGCAGGCUUGCCUUCUUUUUUAAAAUGUAAGCCCUGGUGCCUUCAAUGUAUGACUCCUGGGAGUUUCUGAUGGGGGAGCAGAGAAACAGAGAGUGCUGGCCCCAGUCCCCAGGAUGCUUGGACCUCAAUGGACACACUGUGCCAGGGGUGGUCCCACCUAAGGCUGCCAGCCCCUCCAGCUUGGCACAAGGAAUACCAGACCAGACGGCAAAACCACAGGCUGUUUUGAUGAACUGUAUUGCAGUACCCCCAGAGGACACUAGGGGGCAGGAGGCCCUCACAUAAAACUCAGGCUUGAAUUUUAAAGCAGACUUUUCUGCCUACUUUUCGUGCACACCUUGGGCAGGCCAGUUGUCCUGAACUCAGCAGACAUGGUGGAAUGUCCUUUGCACCCAUUAGAGGAUGCAGAACUGAAGCUGCAGCAAGAAUUUGGAACUCUACCCUCUCCAGAAAAUAAACAAAGGUUCCUAACCACAUGGACUUUUUAAAAGUCAAAGUGCCCUUAGCUUUGGCCCCCAGGGUGAGGGGCUCCUCACCCGCCCCAGGCAGAGGAAAACUCAAGCAGAUUUCAAGGAGACUGUUGACCUGUCAUCAUUUAUUAUUUCAGCACUGUAACUGAGGAGCCUGAAUUGCUGGCUCUUCCCUUUGUAUUUGUGUGAGGAGCACUGUACUCCUAUAAAAGGUUUUAAAAUACAAAAUGUACAAGAAAACACAA